AUGAUAUGUGUUACUGUUGGAACUACCACGAAAUUUUAUGUAUCCAAGCAUGGUUGGUUUUACUAUGGAUGCACAAAGUGCUCUGUGAAGGCUACUGAUUUGAACAAUCCAUACCAGUGUGUGUGUGGCGAAAAUGUUCACAAACCCAUACCAAGGUACAAAGUUGAUAUAUAUGUUUAUGACGGUGAAUCAAAGUUCCGGUUUGUAUUUUGGGAUGCCGACUGUGAGCAGAUUAUAGGACAAUCUGCUGAUAGCAUGCAUAAAUCAAUGUUAGAGAAUGGUGAAGAUGAUCCCAUGGUUUAUCCUGACGAGCUUGACAUGUUGUUGGAGAAGAAAAUGGCUUUGAGAGCUAAAGUACAGCCAACAUUUGGGCAAGCAUCUGUUUGGAAGUUUUCUUAUGAUGAAGAAUUUGUCAGUCAAAUUGAAAAGGAUUAUAUUGCUGAUGAGGCUCAUAGUCUUCCUCCCAUUCAAAAUGUUGUUGCUGAUCAUGUUGAUACUUCCAUGGAGUCCUUAUCUGCAUUUGGAGAAAAUGAUCCUGACAAGAGUUUGGCCAAUACCCCAUCAAAGAGUGUUUCUCAUGGUGUUAAUGCUGAAGAAUCGGAUUGUCAGCUUUUAGGACUUACACAAUAUUCAGGAACCAAGCCACCCAAAAAAGUGAAGAUUGAACCAAAUGCUUGAAGACUUCAUCAACUUUUGUAUUUUAUGGAUGCUACCACAAAUCUGUUGGAACAUAUAAUCCUAUGGUUAAUGUUUUUUGGUUGUUAAAUUUAUGGGAUGUAUUGUUUUAUUUACUUUGUGGUACUGCAUUUUCUACCAACAAAGCUUUCACUCUUGGACAACAUGUAGUAUUUGUAUUCAAGCAUUUUAUUUAAUUUCAAUUUGAGAU